AUGAACAUAAACAGUUUAACUUAUAAAAAUUAUAUAUGCGUCUACACAUGCAAGGCCGAAUCGGAGCACGGCCUCACCAGCACAUCCGCCGAACUCCGGCUACCCCUCGAAAAACCCGAAAAAAUUGAGAAACAAGAGGAGCACACCGUGGCCCCGGCCCCUGGGGAGCAGGAGCUCGAGUUCGCUUCGAAGACCUACGAGGACUCGGCCGUUUUCCAGAAGAAACGAGCCUCAAAAGAUGAGGAGGCUCAAGAAUCCGAAAAAGCCGACGUGACCGAGCUGAAGAAGAAGGAGGAGGAGUACAAGCUGCUCGUCAAGGUCGCCGAUUCUGUGGCCCAUUCGAUAGUGGCCAACAUCUUCAUGGACGCCAUGAACGAGGCUGUGAAGAUUAUCGUCCGUGAUUCCAGCCAACAGACAGACUCAAUCGCCGGCCCGCCCCGCUUCGACUCGAUCCGCGACGAGUUUGUGGCCCGCGAGGGCGAGGAGCUCAAGAUUGAGACUCGCGUCUAUGGGACCCCGACCCCGUUCGUCUCGUGGUACCGCGGCGAGCAGAAGCUGAAUGUCGAUCGAAACACCACAAUGGCCUACGAUAAGAGCGUCGUGUCGUUGACGCUCAAAAACGCCGAGGCGACCCAGGCCGGCACUUACUAUUGCCAUGCAACUAACGUCCAUGGUACGGCGGUACUGUCGUUGCGUGUCGUCGUCGAGAGUGCCGUCGACACCGAAGACGAGAACAGCAUGCUCCAAAUGACGGUGUCGAAAUUCGUGAAAACCGAAGACGGCUCGACGGUCAGCACAAAUGUCAAGGUUAACCAUCGGGAUGAGGAAUUCGAGCACAAGAUCACCGUCGUCGAGCCGGAGAAAGAGGUGGCUGAGCUCGAGACGGAGGCCGUUGAGACCUCGCUGCAUAUGGACAUCCCCAUCAAAUUCGAGAUGAUCCCCGCCGAGGGAGAACGAACUUCCACCGAAGAACAGGUGCAAGCCAACAUUGUGAUGAGCCGCGGCGAGUCGGACGUUGAGCAGGAUCUCGUGAUCGUGGGGGAUGAAGAGGUGGCGAUGGCUAGGGUCACGGAAAAGGAGACCCUCAAGCACACGCAGGAAGUGAUGCAGACAAAGGUAGGACAUCCUCCUCGAAAGCGGCCCCAAGGCUCGAGCACCACCGAGUCGAUGCACUCCAAAUCGCGGGUGCUUCUCGAGCGUCCCGGCGAGAAAGCCGCCCUGGCUACGGUAUUGCCCUAUGAGGAGAAGGCUCGCGUCCUCUCCGAGCGUAUCCUGGCCGCCCAGCAGCUUACCGUACCCCUGCAGGGUGUCAAUGAAGUGCUGAGUACGGUACUUGCCAUCAAGCAUCAGCACAAGGCCUAUGAAGCCGCCAAUGUUGAGGUCCGCCGUACGCCGUACACCUCCGAACACGUCGUCACCGUACUCGAGGGCGAGCUGGAAAAUAUCUCGCUGCAUAUUAAUGUACCUUCCACCGGAGCCCACGCUACGAUUGGCCUGGAUACGGUACUGCAGCGCCCUUCAACUUCACAGGCCGCCGACACGUCCGUCAAGCCGUCAAAAUCCAAGAAGAAGGCGAGAGCCGAGCACCGCAUCGUCAUCCUCGAGGGCGUCAGCAAGAGCUUUAAGGAAGCCAUCACGUGGAGCAUCAAAAAGGUGCAGAAAGCCCUCGGGCUGCAGGCUUCCAAGAAAACCGGAAGCAGCUUCGAGCUGUCAAAGCCGGGAGAAGAGGCGGAAGACGUCACUGCGACUCUGGAAAUGGAGGAAUGUGUUCCCGAGCUUUUGAGCAUCGCCGCUUCAGCCGCACAGGUCAAGCUGCAAAACGUGACGGUGUCGCUGGUGAAGCAGGGCGACGCCGCCCACCAGGAAUUGGUCAUCGCCUUUGAGGGGGCUGAGGAUGAAGAGGCUGAUGCUCCACAAAACGAGCAUGGAGUUGCUGAUCUCGUUUUCGACAACGAGACCUCCAGGAACGAAGAAGUCUUCCGUCGUGCCCCUCGCGACUACGCUAACGCCGAGGAGGAGGACGAUGAAGUCAGUGUCGUAGCUGUUUUCGUUGAGGUUGACGCCAGCUGCCCUGAUCAGUCGGUCGAAAUCGUGGCGACCGUCAGCUCGCCAGAUGAUGAGGAGGAAAUUCCACCGAGUGCCGCUGAAGAGCCGCCAAAAAUGCGGGCCGAGCGCUCGUUCUCCAUCUCGGAAUCGAUCUCCACCGCCCUGCAGCCGCCCAAAUUCCACAGGAAAUUGACGGACAAACAAGCCAACCCGGGCGAGCCGACCACAUUCAAAUGCAUCGUCACCGGGAUGCCGACGCCAGAAGUCGCCUGGACAGUCGAUGGCGAUGUCAUCAAGCAGGGAGAGGAUUACGACCUGAUCUACGAGGACGGUGUCUGUCUUCUAAAAAUCGUGGAAACCCUCCCUGAAGAUGAGGGCGAAUACCAAUGUCAGGCCACAAAUCCGGCCGGCACGGUCGUGACCAAGUGUUUCCUGAAGGUUCUCGGUAUGUUGAGUCGUUACUUUCAAAACACCGUCCGUUCAUUUGCAGGUGAGACGGUAAGCGAGCGGUCGAUGCCCGGAAUUAGGACAAUUCCCGGCACAAAUCAGGCCACUCGAUUCAUCCAGCAUGCACCUUCUAAGGUGUCAAUGCUGGACGAAGAAGAAGCGGACGCCGAUUUCCGGAUCCGGCUAUCCGAUAGCCCAGACUCAACCCACGGCCGGCUGGUCACCGCGGUCUCCGACUUCGAGCUGUUCAGAAUCGUCAACUACAACGAGGACCUAAAGGAGCGGCACAACUUCUACAAGUACUACGAGACCUCGUACGUUACAGUACGUAUUCGGGAAUUGGUGCAAGAGGAAUUUCUGUACGCUACACUCCAAGCUACACCCGGAAAGGUAUCGAAACGGCCUGAGCAAGAGCUAGAGCAUGAGGUAACUAAAGUACCACCACCAGUCCCGCCUCGUCCCAGCAAGGAGCUCAUUAAUAUGGUCCGCAAAACCAAGUCCCAAACCGAGGUGCUGCUCCAAAAAUCGGCCCACUGCUUCGUUGAGCUCGAGCUCAGGAGAGCGGCUGGAAACUUGGCUGAGUGCCAGGUCAGGCUCAAGGACUCUGAGGUCAAGCUCAGCCUAAAACGAAGCCUGGAAGCCCCAUUUUCUGGGCUAUGGAAAACAGAAUCCCGAGCCCAGCGCGAGGAGGGCAUCAGAAAUAUCGCCAAAAUCGCCCAGCAAGUCGAGGCCGAGCUCGGACAACUCGCUCAUGCUCACCGACCAACCACCACCGAGGAGCAAGACCUCAAGGAGAUCGAGAGGUCAAUUCUCGCUGUAGCUGAGAGCCUAAUGUCCGAGAAGCCCGUCUCCAAAGCCCAAGCCGAGGCCAAAAAAGAGCUGUUGCGCGCCGCGCUAGCGGACAUGAUAUUAAAUCCGCCUUCCACGAAUUAUGGAAAUUACGAAAAUGGAUCGAGCUCAAAUUUGGAACUCGAAAAAAUUGAAAAGUCUGCUGGGGAAAUCGAUAAAAUCGAAAGUUCCAGAGUAAAAUCCCCGAUACAACAAUUACGCGAAAAUUUGGACGUGAUUGAAGAAUCGCUAAUGGAAGAGGUACCAGAUUUUGAUGAAACAUCAGAAAUUCUGGAUUCUGAAGUGAGGAAUAUCAAUUUGAAUCUGAAACCCCCGAAGCCGAGCGGCUUGAAAAGCCCCAAAAUCAAGCGCGUGCCCAGCCAGGAGUUGAUGAGGAUGACCCCGUUAACUACGAAUAUUCGCGACCAGCUGGACGUCUUGGAGACGUUGAUCGAGGAGGCGGCCAAGGAGGAGCGAAAUCUGCAUAAUUUGCAUAAUGAGGGAGACUCGAAAAGUACCGUAAGAUCUGGAAUUCACGACCUUUUCGUGCAAAUUAAUGCGGAGAUCAUCACGAUCAAGCAAUUUUGCGGGAAAAAGCUCUCGAAAAAGGGCGCAGAUGCGGUGAUGCAGGUCUUGAAGAAGCUCAAACGCCGUGAGCAAGCCGAGAGCGCGUUCGCUACCGUAAUCUUCCGGAGCUUCUCGAGGUCCCACAGCGAGAACUGGGCGAGCAGCUCGAUGCGGUACAGCUACAGUUACAAGACGGACAAGAGCACGGACAGCUUGCGGACGCUGACGCUAACUGAAGCUGAUCAGGAAGGUCCGGAACAGGAGCAAGAUGAUCAUGAAACAACGCCGGCGGAUAAGAAGAAAACCGACGAGUUCAAGGAGGUCAUCGAAAAGGUGGACCUGCACUUCUCGAGAACGCCCCAGAUGGAUUUUUUGAAUGCGAUCAUCAUCACGAAGGACAACCUGUCCGAGGAGGGCAGCCAGCCUUUCCUGUUCGACUCGGCGGAGUUGCUGUGCACCACCGACACCCCGAAACGCCUCUCGCGCGCCUCGGCCACUAUUGAUGCGCUCCGGAUGGAGGCGCUGAAGGAAAUGGAUUCGCUGGAGCAGAUUUUCCGGGAUAAUGAGGAGCUGCUCGGAAUGCUGGAUGAGGCCCGAGAAGAAGCCAAGAUUCAAAAGGAAAUUGAGGAGACCGCCUCGAAAAAGUCAUCGGAUUCGUCUUCUAAUGGCUCCUUCGUCAUCGUGCCAGAGCGCCCAAAAACUCCAAGUCCGGACAAGCAGCCGGCUUCGGAAAAUGAAGCUCGCGAAGCCAGCGAAGUCCCAUGCGUCGAAGCAUACUGCGAUACGGUACUCGUGGCCAGGAAACCGGAGGACGAGACGGCCCUCCGGGAAAUAGCCGCCUAUAUCGUGGACCCGGGGGAGGAGGAGGAUACGGUAGGACUACCGUAUGAGGAGGGGAUGGACUCGAAUGAGAUGCUCUUCGUCAUGGAAGCCCGGGAAUCGUCGGUGGACGAGCAGCGUUUAGGAGUGUACUAUCCACAAACUCGCGAUGAGACCUCGUCAAUGCAACUCGUAUGCGAGGAAUCCGACGCCGGGACGGAUACCGAAAAUUCCGGGAUGAUGCGAGGCCAAGCAACCGGGAUGCCAUUAAUGCGCCAAGGGGACUACCCCUUAAUUCGAUCCCCCGAAUACGAGGACAUCCACGGCGAACUGCUCGAAGAGAUGCGGAAACGCGACGCGGAACGGGCGCAGAGAGACGAGGCGACGCGACGCGACACGCCGCGCAAGGCGUCGCAGAACGGCAGAGAGGAUACGGUUCGACAACCGUAUCUGCUAUUCCGCGACGAGAACUACGUGGUUGAUGAGUCGGACCUCAACUCGACCUCGGAACACCUGAGCAUCAGCGCUGCCG